AUUAGGUUUUAAAUUAUCACUUGUUAGAAUACUUCAAAUUUAAGUCAAAAUUUGGAUUAUAUUCCAUGUCCAAGUUGGCUCUGGCAGCAAAUAUUUUAACAUGUUCCCCACGCUGGCAUUUGAUCAACGCCAAAAGAGUUCCUGUCGGUCGUGUUGCUCAAAAAGCUGCUCAUCUAAUUUUAGGAAAGCAUAAACCUAUAUACCAUCCUGCCCUUGACAUUGGCGAUUGCGUUGUUGUAAUAAAUAGCAAUCUAGUUGGGUUUUGUGGAAAGAAAUGGAAAGAAAAAAAAUAUUACAAGCAUAGUGGCUAUCCGGGUGGCCUUCAAGUUUGGACGGCAGAGCAACUCCACGAAAAGAAGCCCACCGAAUUGAUUCGCAAAGCUGUGUGGGGGAUGCUCCCUUCGAACGCACUUCGUUACAAGAUGAUGAAAAGACUAUUUAUUUUUAUAGACGACAAACAUCCUUUUGAGCAAAAUAUUGAUUCCAAAGUUCAUUUAGAACAGAAAGCUAAUGCGACAUACUCUCCUAAAAUUGUAAAAGCGAAGCUGGCUAACUUGUCGUGGGACGAUAUAAAUGAAGAUGGAAGCAUUUUUUAA